GGCUGUGAGGCAGGAUUCAGGGUGGCCCUUCACUCGGACCAGGUUUUCAUCUUGACAACCUGUGUAACUGAGGGUGACAUCCCUGCUAUAGAGAUUUCUGUGAACCUUAAAUGGUCAAAAGUGUUUCUGUCACUAAAUAAUUAUUGAUAAUGCUGAGGCUUCCAUGCUAGAAAUAUUUCAUUAAUGUCUUCAUCUCAGACGCCUAGUGGAGAUGAAACAUUACAGCGAUGGGCUUCAGUCUCACACUUCUCAGCUGCUUCGAGCACGAACUAGGGUUGCCGAUAGACUGUAUGCUGUUUACAAAGUCCACGGAAACUAUGGACGAGUCUUCAGUGAGUGGAGUGCCAUUGAGAAAGAGAUGGGAGAUGGACUGCAGAGUGCUGGUCAUCACAUGGAUGCCUAUGCUGCCUCAGUAGACGACAUCUUGGAAGAAGAGGAACAUUAUGCUGAUCAGCUGAAAGAAUAUCUGUCCUACGCUGAAGCUGUGAGAGCAGUGUGCAGAAAACAUGAGCUGAGCCAGUUUGAGCUGGAAAUGGCGUCCCAGGACCUCAUCUCGAAGAAGCAGCAGCGUGAGGAGCUGGCCACCGGGAUAGUGCGCACUUUCUCCUUAAAAGGCAUGACCAACAAGCUUUUUGGGCAAGAAGCACCUGAGCAGAGGGAUGCCAAGCUCAACCUCCUGGAGGAGCUGAUAGCAGAGGGGGAAGAGACUGUGAAGGAGAAAACAGCUGAGUGCGAUGAGCAUGCUGAAAAGGCGUGGGCAGACAUUGUCCGUUUUAAGGAUCAGAAGGACAAAGAUCUGCAAGAGGCGCUCAUCAACUACGCUCUCAUGCAAAUCAGCAUGUGCAAGAAGGGAAUACAAGUGUGGAGUAAUGCCAAAGAAUGCUUUCUCAAGAUGUAGAGUCAAAGCCAUGCAAGUUCUACUAAUAUAAGUGAGACCUGUGGACACAUUUAUACACUGGAACAUCUUAUUCAAGUACUUUGAAUGGGGUGGGGGAGAUCAUAAAAAUGACCUUUAACCUGAUGUUUAAGCUUUUAAUAUUUUCAAAAGUUACAUGCUGGAGAUUGUUUCUUCGGUGUUGGAUCUAUAUGAAUGAGCACAGUGGGAGGAUGGGCUGGUGAGGCUGAAACUAGAGGAGAAGAUAUGAAAAUAUCUGAGACUUAAUCCAAAGGUAUAGAGUGGGAGCAAAUUAUUAGUAUCUCAAAAACUCAAAUAUUAGCUGAACUCUGACCCCAAACCCUUAGAACAGAGCAGGAGGAAGCCCAAACCAUUCCUUCCACCAAUCUGACUGGACGAGGAUCAGAUCCCAGACCGCAGCGUCUUCGCCCGCCUUUAACCGUACAGCCAGGUAGAAUAUUAAAGAGAGUGGAAUAUUGACUCUGGUGCCUGGAAAUUAAGUCUUCAGUCAGAGGCAUCUGCAGAUUGGUUGCGAGACUGACCUCUACCAGAGAUUCUUUCGACCCACAGCAUCACCAUCCAAAAUGAUUCUUUGAAGAUACUUUGAUGAAUUUAGUUUUCAUUUCCCUUUCAUUCCCCAUAUUAUUUUUGAAUUUAAUUGAAACUUUGACACUGGUCAAAUAUCUGGUCAAUGUCCCCUUAUAUAUA